AUGAAUCUCCUUCUUUCCGACGACUAUCUCCUCCAGGAUUAUCCUGAGAGCAUGACCAGCACGAUCCGAUCCGGCCAUGCGACGAUGCUGAGAUUUAACCGCAAGGGCGACUACCUUGCCUCCGGCCGGGUGGAUGGAACCGUCGUUGUUUGGGAUCUGGAGACAAUGGGCGUUGCUCUGAAGAUGAGGGGGCACAACAAGAGUAUCACAUUCCUGAGCUGGUCAAAGUGUGGGCGGUAUCUACUCUCGACAUGCCAAGGCUGGAAGGCCAUCCUCUGGGACCUGGAGACUGGGCAUCGACAUCGUGAAGUGCGGUUUCGGGCUCCAGCUUACAUGGCAGAGCUUCAUCCCGAGAAUCAUAAUCUUUUCGUCGCGUCUCUAUUCGAAGAGCAGCCACUCCUAGUCGACAUCUCCGAACCAGUAGACGUCAAGCGCGUUCUACCGUCAGCGCCGAGGCGGUCGAACGCCGACAGCGAUAUUGCUCUCAAAGAGAAACAAGCAAAAGAAGAUGCAAAGCAGAUGACGACGUCUGCGAUUUGGACAGCGACCGGUGACCACAUAAUAGCAGGCACGAGUAAAGGCAAAUUGAAUAUUAUCGAUACCAAAACACUCGAAAUCAUAUACACAGAAAAAAUAUGCACAGGUGUUAUCACCACCAUGCGAAUAACAGGCUCUGGCCGAGAUCUCUUGGUAAAUUCACAAGAUCGAAUCAUCCGGACGUUUCGAAUACCAAAUCUUUCCGUGGAAGAUCUCGACCCGGAUACAAUACAGUUGCCACUCGAGCAUAAAUUCCAAGAUGUUGUUAACAAACUGUCCUGGAACCAUGUUACGUUUAGCGCAACGGGCGAGUACGUGGCCGCGUCUACGUAUAACAACCACGAACUCUACGUUUGGGAGAGGAAUCACGGCAGUUUAGUCUGCAUGCUGAAAGACCCCAAGGAGGAGCAGGGCGUCAUUGAGUGGCACCCUUCUCGUCCGCUCCUGGCGGCAUGUGGAUUGGAGACUGGCCGGAUAUACGUAUGGUCCGUCAUCAGCCCUCAAAAAUGGUCAGCGCUGGCGCCAGACUUUGCUGAGGUGGAAGAAAACGUGGAAUACAUGGAGAGAGAGGACGAGUUUGACAUAUAUGCGCAAGAAGAGAUUCACAGGAGGCGGCUUGACGCCGAGGACGAGGACGUGGAUGUGCUGUCGGCUGAUCACGCAAAAGAGGGGGAUGAUCUGGAGAAUUUUCGCAUGCCCAUCUUAUUUAACCUUGGCGAAAGUGAUAGUGAAGAUGAGUUCGUUGCGGUUUCGACCGGAACCAUGCGCCGAAGGAGUCCGGGAGAAAGCCAGGCUGAUUUAAGCGCUGGAGCUGAACCAGCUGCCCCUGUGCGCAAGAAGGGAGGGGCUGGGGCGAGGGGAGGAAGAAAUAAAAAGAAAUGA